AUCACAUUGUCAACCAAUUUCUGGUCGUCUGUUUAUUUGGAUCCCCCGACAUAGAACGACCUCAUCAACCAUCACAAUGUCGUGGAGGAACCAAGGAAUCACGGGUUCCAACAACAUACCGUUGGGAAGCAGGCGCCGCUUUGCUGGCGACGGAGAGGAAGAGGAUGGCGCUCGCAGCGUAACACCAUCCGCCCCAUCAUCCGUCACCAACGGAGACAGAGACAGAGACAGAGACGGGCCCGUCUACAGCAAUGAUCGCGACGUCAAGCGCGGCCGCAGCCCCGAACGAUCUGAGGAUGGUCCCAAGCGCCGCAAGAAGCGCAACCGCUGGGGUGAAGCGACCGAAAACAAGGCCGCCGGCUUGAUGGGCCUCCCUACCGCCAUCGUCGCUAAUAUGACGAGCGAACAAUUGGAGGCCUACACCCUGCACCUGCGCAUCGAGGAAAUCACCCAAAAACUCAAGAUCGACGAUGUCGUUCCUGCUGAUGGAGACAGAUCACCCUCUCCUGCUCCCCAGUACGACAACCAUGGUCGCCGUGUCAACACUCGCGAAUACCGUUACCGCAAGAAGCUCGAGGAUGAGCGCCACAAGCUCAUCGAGAAGGCCAUGAAGACGAUCCCUAACUAUCACCCGCCCUCGGACUACCGUAGACCUACAAAGACCCAGGAGAAGGUCUACGUCCCGGUUAACGACUACCCAGAGAUUAACUUCAUUGGUUUGCUUAUCGGUCCUCGUGGCAAUACACUCAAGAAGAUGGAAACAGAAUCUGGCGCCAAGAUUGCCAUUCGUGGAAAGGGCUCCGUAAAGGAGGGCAAGGGCCGUUCUGACGCCGCCCACUCCAGCAACCAGGAAGAGGACCUGCACUGUCUCAUUAUGGCAGAUACCGAAGAGAAGGUGAACAAAGCCAAGAAGCUGAUUCACAAUAUUAUUGAGACAGCUGCUUCGAUCCCUGAAGGCCAGAACGAGCUCAAGCGCAACCAGUUGCGUGAGCUUGCUGCCCUCAACGGUACUUUGCGUGACGACGAAAACCAAGCAUGCCAGAACUGCGGCCAGAUCGGUCAUCGUAAAUAUGAUUGCCCUGAGAAGCAGAACUACACUGCCAACAUUAUCUGCCGUGUCUGCGGUAAUGCCGGCCAUAUGGCUAGGGAUUGUCCUGACAGGCAGAGGGGUGCAAGCUGGAGGAACGAUGGUCCCGGUGCUGGCCGGACUGCUGGUCGUAUCGGUAGCAGUGGUGGCGGCGAUGCCGUGGACCGCGAGUACGAGCAACUCAUGCAAGAACUCGGUGGUACCGGCGCUGCUCCUGCCCGUAUCGAAGCUGGCCCCGGCUCUUUCAGCAAUGGUCCCAGCGGUGGCAACGGCGAUGCUAAGCCCUGGCAACGGGGACCCACUGGCGGCCCUGCUCCCUGGCGUACUCGCAACAUGGAUCGUGAUCACGAAGGUGGUCCCGGUGGCCCCGGUGGCCCUCCCAGCGGACCCUCUGGUGGCCCGGCUCCCUGGGCUCGUGAUCGUAACGAGCGCAGGCACGAUGAUCGCGACAGAGGAGACAGCUACUAUGGCGGCGAUCGCAGGCAUGACGACUACGGCAGAGGCUCCUCGGGUGGUGGCGGCCCGGCCCCUUGGCACCAGCCUCCCCCGGGCGCUCCUUCUGCCCCGGCGAUCCCCACGGCUCCGGCGUAUCCUGGUGCUUAUGGUGGUUAUCCUGGCUAUGGUGCUCCUCCCGGUAUGGGCGCUGCCCCGCCUCCUGGAUUGCCUCCUCCGCCUCCCGGAGCUCCUCCCGGCCUGUCCGGACCGCUUAACGCUCUUAUCCAGCAAUAUGCCAACGCAGCUCCUCCCCCGCCCCCUCCGGCAGCUGAAGCGCCUCCUCCGCCUCCCAUGGAUCUCCCUCCGCCUCCCCCUCCCGGUGCUUGAAGGGCACUGAGUAACAACUAACCAGAUGCAUGCUGGGUCGGACAAGUUGAAAUGGAAUGGUGUACUGACUGACAGGGUAUUCACUUGAUUAACAAGGUUUCACUCAAACGAUGUCAGAACGCGCUAGCAUGAAUUAACUUAACCAUAUGGUUGCGCAGGGUUUGCAGGUGUUUUUCUUUCAAGUUGCUGUUAGAGACAGCACGAACUAACUGUACACAAAGAAGGUGCUAGAUCAAGAUCCUAGGUUUCCUUGAUUAUAACGUUAAAGAAAAAAAGAGAAAAUGAAAAUGAAAAUCAUGUUGUUCGUGGGGUAGACCAAGAAAGCCCCUUG